ACUAAAAUAAAAUUAUAUUUAUAAAAGAAAAAAUUCUAAAAAAAAUAAUUUUUGCUAAGAAAAGCUAUAUAUAAGAAAAAAAAAGAAAUAAUACCGUUAAUUAUGUCAAAUGUGACAGCUCAAUAUUUUACUAUACACACAAACAAAUGCGCGUUUUAAAACCAACACGUUCAUUCAGUGUGUGGGGGUUCGAAAUUAAAAGAAAUUGAAGAAAGAAAUAGAAUACUAUGUAUAUCUAACAAGCCUUAAAAAGAAAGCUUUUAUUUUAUGCCAAUUUUGGAAAAAAAGAACCCAAAACAAUAGCAAACAAUAAAAAAAAAUAAUAAGAACAUCAACAAUUGUUCUUUUGCCAACGGAAAACCACAAAUAAAACAACUAAAUAAUUUCUAAAAUAUAAAAUAACCACCAAUUUCUAACUAAAAAAACAACAAUAAAAUACGAGGAAAAAAACAAUAGGAAAUCAGCUGUUUAUAUUUAUCUCUAUACUAAAAAAAAAAAACAACAAUCAACAACCAUAACAUUUCCGUUUACUCUCCUUGACAGAAAUUCAACUUUAACCUACAUUUAAUUGAACAUACACACACACACAUUUCUACCCCAUGUAAAGAGCAAUGUAAACAAAGUUUGUUUUAACAAGAAAUCUCUUUAGUAAACUCUCUUCAAGGUUAAAUUUACAUACAAUUUGUUGCUGUUGCACACUCGCCUUCCUACUAAAUACAACAACAAAUAAAUAAUAAAAACAAACAACAUUCAUACACACACUCACAUAAAACAAUAACAAUUAUAAAAAAUAAAACAAAAAGUGGAACCGGAAAUUCAUGCCAAUUUUAUUAAUAAUUCCGUAAAAAAGCCCAUGAGUGAGUGUUACAAAAAAAGCCCAUUACCCAUAAUAAAUCUAUGUAUAUGUUUGUGUGUAAAAUACCUCUGUUUUUAUACCAGCUAUAAGUUUGUGUGUGUUUGUUUGUAAACAUUUCUUUAACAAACUUUGCAUUUUUCCCGUAUGUGUGUAUAAUUCCCUACUUUUGUUUUGUUUCUAUCGUUCUGUUUGCCAUUCUAAAUAAAAGUGUCAUGUCAAAAUUUGCUUUAUGUAAACAAAAAGAAAUGUGCAUUUAAUUAUUAGUGUGUUUAUGUAUUUUAAUUUAAUACCCCAAUAACAAAAAAAAUUCAAAUAAAAUGGCCUUAAUAACCUGGUGUUUUGAACCGAGGGAGAUACCGGAAUUUCUUGAUACUUUCAUACAGAAAUGUACGGAUCCAUCGUGUUGUUGCGGUUGCUGCUCGGCUUUAAGGCCACGCUAUAAGCGUUUGGUGGAUAAUAUAUUUCCCGCUAUACCCGAAGAUGGUUUGGUCAAAUCAAAUAUGGAAAAGCUGACAUUCUAUUCCCUUAGUUCACCCGAUAAAUUGGAUCGUAUAGGUGAAUAUUUGUAUCAAAAGGCUACAAAGGAUAUUAAUCGCAAACGUUACAAAUUUGUGGAAAUUGCCAUGGAAGCCAUGGAUAUCUUACUCCAGGCUUGUCAUGCUCAAACUACCCUAAAUUUGUUUGUGGAAUCAUUUUUGCGCAUGGUACAAAAAUUACUUGAAGACUCGAAUCCCAACUUACAAAUUUUGGCUACAAAUUCGUUUGUAAAAUUUGCCAACAUUAAUGAGGACACUCCUUCCUAUCAUCGACGCUAUGAUUUUUUCAUUUCGAAAUUUUCCUCAAUGUGUCAUGGCAACAAUGAUAACAUCGAGCUGCGUGAUAGCAUACGUUUGGCUGGCAUUAAAGGACUACAAGGUGUGAUACGUAAAACUGUCUCCGAUGAUUUAGUGGAGAAUAUUUGGGAAAAACAGCAUAUGGAGAAAAUUGUACCCUCAUUAUUAUUUAAUAUGCAGUUCGGCGUUAACGUUAUGUUUUUGAAGAAAAAUAUGUUGGCGUCGGGCGAUUUAACACCUGUGGAAGAUGCCACCACAGUAACUCCACCUGUUUUGGCUGAAGAAGUUCUACGUGAGCUGGUGGGUCGUGCUUCUUUUGGUCACAUAAGAAGUGUUUUGAAACCCCUAUUAACACACUUGGAUCGUCAUGAACUAUGGGUGCCCAAUACCUUUGCCAUACAUACUUUCCGUAUAGUUAUGAUUUCUAUACAGCCUCAGUAUUCUUAUACUGUGGUCGAAACUCUCAUGCAACAUUUAGAUAAUAAUUUCAAAUCUUCUCCUAAAACUCGCACUUCUUUGGCGGUGGUACUCUCUAAGAUUAUAGCCAUUGCUGCUGGUGAAAGUGUUGGUCCCUCCGCCCUUGAUAUUAUCAAUAAUUUACUUACUCAUCUUCGCACCAGUGUCAGCAAUACCUCUGAAAUUACCCCGGAAGAAUCGCAGUAUCAAGAGGCUCUUAUCAAUGCUUUGGGUGAAUUUGCUAAUCAUCAUCCGGAUUAUCAGAAAAUUGAAAUUAUGCUUUUUAUUAUGAAUACCGUGCCGGAUCUUUCCAAGAAAAGCAAAGGCGAUCAAAUGUUACAGAAUAUUUUGUUGAAAUCUCUACUUAAAGUUGGUACUCAAUAUAGCACGGUUUCCUUUGAAAAAGCCUUCCCUGCCAGUUUUCUACAACCUUUACUGAAAAUGGCUCGCAAUCCUCAUGAUCCCACCCGCAUUAUUGUUAUGCAAAUAUUCCAGGCUCUUUUGGAUCGUCAUCAAAAUGAAAAAGUAUUAAGUGUGGCUAGCAUUAAACCUUAUGCUGCCCUGUCACAGGAGCCUCCCUCACGUUCGGAUAUUAUUUUUACUCAUAAAUAUGGUGCUAAUAUUAUGCAGGCCUUAAUCGACAGCAUGGCUUUGUCGGAUAAAGUGGAUUCGUUAUCGUCUAGUUAUAAUACGGCAGCUUUACUUAUUGUCGAAAUGGCGUGUGGUGAAACGGUGCAAGAGUUUUUGUUAUUCAUUUUGGGUAUACAACAAGUUGCUGUAACCACCGAAAAUUUGAGUGACAUACACAAGUGUUCACUAUACUCCAUUUCCAUUGCUCUACUAACGCUAACAGCUCGCGUUACCGGCAUCAAUAAUCUACUCGAAUAUGCACAGAAAAUCAUAGAAGAUCGUAAACAUGAUGCACCAUACUUCUUACCACCGCUAUUAGAACCCAAGAAAUCGAGCAGUAAAUAUAAUUUGAAUGUACCACAAUUGGCCAUUGAUAAAAUGGCAUUGGCGGAGUGUUUACAAAAUGCUGGUAUGGAUUUCAAUCGUUUACAAACUGGACUACCAUAUGCUCUCAAUCAAUCGGAUAAUCCGGGCCACAGACACUCUUGGGUUGAGACAGUUAGUAGUAAUAUGACACAAAGAAAUAGUUCAGCCGAUUUGACAGCCUAUAAUGCAGAUGCCGACAGUAUUAGUAGUUCACCAGGAGUAUCGAAGAAAACUUUGGCUCCUGAAUAUACCGUUGAUGCUAUGAAACGUUAUUUGGCUGAACCCUCGGAAUCGGUUAAACGUGAGCAGCAGGAAAAACAAAUGCAAAUUGUGCGCACUUUCCGUGAAAGCGAUUUUGAAGAUCUUAUGAAACGCACUGAACCCAAGCACGAUGUCAUACAGAAUCGCUUAAACGAUCUAUUCAAUUCAUUAGCCAUCGAUAACAAAACUACCCAAAAUACUUCAACCAAUAACGAAAAACCCAUUUAUGAAACCAACUUCCCAGAAUUAUUUUAUUAUUAAAUUAUGAAUUUAUUUUAAAUAUGUAGUUAUUAUAUGAAAAUUGGCUUGUUACUAAAACUUAACUUAUCCCCCUUUUUGAAAAUAACAAUCAAAUUGUUAUUUAAUUUUUCUAUUAUAUUAAAUAUACUAUAAAGAUAUUGUAACUUUUUUCCACUUUUUUCGUUGUUUUCUUCUUGUUUAUUUUCUAUUUUAAGGCGCAAAUAUGUAUUUAGAUAUUUUUCUAUGUACUAUUUUUUUAUAAAUUUAAUGUUAAUUGUUGUUUUAUGUUUUUAUACACAUUUUUUGUCCUUUUAAUUGUAUUUAAACAAAAGGUAUUAAGGUGUUUUUUAACUACUAUUUAUUUUAAAUGUUUUUUUUUUGGUUUCUUGUUUAUUUAAAAACUUAAACUGUUUUUGGUAAUUUAUUUAAUAAAAAACAACCCUC